GUCCUCGACGCUCUCCGUAGUUCAGUGUCGCCUGCUGACUGUGAAGGCGGAAGUUCCGGCAGGCUAACUUCCCUGUGUCCAAUAAUUCAUUCCUGCUUUCUGGAUCCAGCUUAAUCAGUGCAGACAUGUCUACCGCCUACAAGAACAGAAUCCAGGAGUUCAAAUCGGCGUUGGCAGAGGACACCAUCAACCUGACGGCUCUCAGGGAGCUGAGCUUCAGCGGAAUUCCUCACGAGGAAGGGAUCCGCUCGCUGUGCUGGAAGAUCCUUCUCAACUAUCUGCCUCUGGAUCAGACCUUAUGGGAGUCCUUCCUCAAAAAGCAAAGGGAGGUCUACUCUCAGUUCCUCAGAGAAAUGAUCAUCCAGCCGGGCAUCGCCAAGGCCAACCUGGGCCUGUCCAGAGCAGACGUAACGCUGGAGGACCACCCUCUGAAUCCGAACCCAGACAGCCGCUGGAACACCUACUUCAAAGAUAACGAGAUCUUGCUGCAGAUUGACAAGGAUGUGAGGCGGCUGUAUCCCGACAUGGCGUUCUUCCAGCGGCCCACGGAGUAUCCCUGCCAGCUGAUCCUGGACCCUCAGAACGACUACGAGACGCUGAGGAGACGGGUGGAGCAGACCACUCUGAAAGCCCAAACCGUGAACCGGAACCGCAGCGGAGUCACAAACGUCAGCUCUCCUGGGAAAGCUCUGAACCUGUAUCCGUCCAACGAGUACGAGGUUCUUCCUAACGGCAGUGAGGCUCACUGGGAGGUGGUGGAGCGGAUCCUCUUCAUCUACGCCAAACUCAACCCCGGCAUCGCGUACGUUCAGGGCAUGAACGAGAUCGUGGGGCCCAUCUACUACACGUUCGCCACGGACCUCAGCAGCCAGUGGAAAGAGCACGCCGAGCCCGACACGUUCUUCUGUUUCACCAACCUGAUGUCGGAAAACAGGGACAACUUCAUCAAGAGCCUGGACGACUCCCAGUGCGGCAUCACCUGCAAGAUGGAGAGCGUCUACUCCAUGCUGAAGGAGAAGGACCUGGAGCUGUUCCUCAAACUGGAGGAGCAGAACAUCAAGCCUCAGUACUUCACCUUCCGCUGGCUCACCCUGCUGCUGUCUCAGGAGUUCCUCCUGCCGGACGUCAUCCGGAUCUGGGACAGCCUGUUCUCCGACAAGGACCGCUUCCACUUCCUGCUCCUGGUCUGCUGCGCCAUGCUGAUACUCAUCCGGGACAACCUACUGGCCGGAGAUUUCACCACCAACAUGAGGUUACUGCAGGAUUAUCCAAUCUCAGACGUUCACACCAUUCUGACCAAAGCCAAAGAGCUGCAGGAGAACUCCUAACGAGAUGUCCUCCUGCUGACGUCCGAACAUUUCUCCUGGAAGGACACUGAGGAGCCGGGACUGUUCUUUGGGAAAACGCAGAAAUCUGCUUUUUAACGGAAGGUCAAACCUUGAAGGAAACAUUUGGGAGACAGAGACAUCUGGUACUUCAUUUGGAAAGUCUUUCUCCUUUGUCAGACAUUUUAUUUCCCCCAUAAAAUGAUCAAAAACUGACAUUUUUAUUGAUCAUCUGGUGGAGAAGGGACCACAGCGACCAACACUACAGGUGUGAUUGUCAGAAGACGCCCAGCGGAUGGAGAGAAGAAUCUGAUUGGAUCAUCAGAGAUCUUCUUUUAAUUAUUAAUGUCGGCGUAAUUUUGGCAUUUUCUUCUUUUGAAGCGGGAAGCGGCAUUCCUGGAACCAGGAAUUCAUGAGCUCCGCGUCUUCAGUGCUUCAUCUGUAACCCGUCUUCAGCGAAGCUGCAGAGAGCUCUCCAGCUCAGUCAUAACAUCUUGAUCUGUUUCUGGAUAUUUGAAUCUGAUUUAAUUCUUUUAUUAAUCAGAACAUACCUGGAUUUCUGUGCAAAAGCUCAUUUCCCAGUCUAAGUUCCAGUAAAACCACCAGCAGGUUGGCUGCUCCAGGCUUCAGUAUGAAAGCAUUUAUAACCUGAUGAUGGAGCUCCAGGCGCCACCGGUUCCCCUACUUGCAUCUAAAUUUUCUCGGUGCAGACUAAUUCCUGGUGAAGCACAGUAAUGUUUGAUAUUAUUUCUUUGUUUUAUCUGCUGCUUCGCAGUGAACAGAUUCUAGGUCGAACCCAAGUGAGCAAGAAACCGUUAAGUUAUAAACCAGCCUCUCAGUUCUUCCUGAAAUUCUUCCUCUGAUCCAGAGUGAAACAGCUGCUGUCAGCUUUCUAUCCAGUUUCAGUCCAGCACCAUAGAAGGGUCCCGUCUAGAAAAUGUAGUUCUCCUGUAGGAGAACGGUGUUUUAAAGUUAGAUCUAGAUCCUCCUCUAGAUAAAGACUGUUUGAUACGUUCUAUAAACUUCACUUUGAUACAAAACUGAGGUCUUCCUAAGUUUUUUGUUCCAUUUUCUUAUUGUUUUGACCUCCACUGUUAGCCAUACCAGAUACUAAAGAGGCUUUUCUGAUUAAUCUGCGGAUUCAAACAAAAAAGAAAGUUGGUGUCCAACAUUAACACCUUAGAUGUUUGGUUGUUUUGGUUCAACGCUUCCUUCAUUCUCUGAGUUACGAUUAUAUUACUUGCAUGUCUGAGUUUACAACAUUUCUCUGGAAGUUUAGCCUUACUGCACUGAAACUGGGUAAAAAAGAAGCCACAGCUGUAGAAGAAGAAGUCUGGGUCUCCAGGUUCUCUAAAGGUCUGAUAACGAGUAGCACAAAGCAUCGAGAUCGUAGGAAGGAUGUUGAAAGGAAACGAGGUUCGGAUUUUUGUCUGGCAAUAUUCAGAAACGCCUAAAAGUAUCGUCUUGUUAAGAUCAAAGUCUAUGAAGUGUUUUGAUUAAAACCUGUUUUUGAUUUUUCAGAAAUCUUGUAACAAAACAAAGCCAAACAGUAAUUUUCCUUUGAUAAACAUCAGGUCAGUUUCAGAAAUCCCCCCAAUGACCUUAAACCUUUUAUUGUUUUUAUGACACUAAAUACAUCAUCAACCAUUUAGCUGAAACAAUGUUUUAUUUCAUAUGAACAAAUGAAGAAUUUUAAAGGGUUGGAGCUGACUAAACCUCUGACUGAAGGAUCAUCCAAGUAGUCCACAAGUAUAUCAAUGACGUAUUACCAGAGCCAGAUUCCACAAAAUGUACAGUUUCUUAAAAAAGCCACAAGAUUGUAUUGAUUGAAGUGCAAUCUAAAGUUUGGCCACCUGAUGGCUCCACUUAAGCAGAAUUUCUGAGAAUUUUUGUUGUUGUUUUUUGCCUUCUAAAUCAGAGUAUUUGGUUCUGGUUUGAAGGUGAUAACCUGUCUGGUUCUCUCCAACAUCUGGAUCUCUGAGUUUCAGGCAGUCGGCACAGUUAUACACGUAAUGAUGAGUGUCAACGUCUUGAUCAUCCUACGAAAUAAAACCACAGAAAUCAUGUCAAGAAAAUCUCGUUCCCAUGAUCCUCUAAGUUGGAGACUUUGAGAUGCCAAAAAAUUGUGUUCAAGAAAUGGAAACCAGAUUCAGCUUAGAUCCAGACACCAAUAACUUUGUUUUUGCAAAUGUUUGCAGGAUACACUUUUUUUUUUCCUUUCUUUGCAAAAUUGUAGAAAUUUGAAGCUUUUUGUUUUUAUAUUUUUGUUAUUGCACUUAUUUGGGGAAAAUCUUUGAUCUAAUCUACCAUAAAAACUUCCUGCAGUGAUCAUAAAAAGUUCAACACCAUCUCAGCUGUUUUUUUUUUUUUAUGUUUAAUACUAAUUAAAAUGUGUAACAUUAAGACCAAAAUAGACACAGUGAAGGUAUUUUUUUUAUUGUGCACAAAGGUUUUUACUUUGAGGGAUUGUUACUAACGACCUCAUCAGUUUAAGGUAUUUAUUUCUUUUUAGACGGUUUCUGUGUUUGAUGAUUGUUGAAUAAAAUUCUUCUUAGUCCCAUUUUUUUUUGCAUGAAUUACAUUUUGUAAACUCAGAUGCUUUUUUGUAAAGUUCUCCAGUCGUUUUUACAUGUUUGCAGAUGUGAAUUAAACAAUAGGACAGUGUCUCCUGAUUCAUG